AUGAAGUCGAAGUACCGCCAGGACACUUACCAGGUCAUGAAGCACAUGAAAAUUUCGGCUUCGCUUGACAAAGGCACCCCAAACAUGGAGAAGUGGAACAGCCGGAUCAAGAAAGAGAUGAAUGACUGGCUGGCGUUGUAUCGCCGCCAGAAUCUAUCCGUUGGAAGGCAAAGCUACUACUCCCUGUACUCUGCGAUCAACACACUAGCGAGUCACUUCACCUCCUAUGGACCAAAGUUCCCCUUCCCCAACAAGAGGAGGCCCCGCUUCUAUGAGCUUUGCAACCAGGUGGAGAAGUACCUUGAGAAAGGCAAGUGA